AUGAGUUCGUUCAGCCACCUGGACUUGCAACCCAUUGCCAAGUGCGCGGCGGCGACGACGUCUGCGGCAACCUUCUUGGCAUAUGUCCAUCAGAUCCAUCGGGACAAGCUUAAAGACAAAAAACACUCGUCCAUAUGGAUAGGAGAUCCAAGUCUUCCUUACUUCAAGCUCCAUGUGUGGUCGGACGACUGCACCGUGGUGGGGCGGCGGUUGCAAGCCGGUGACAUUGUGUGCUUCCAAGACAUUGCGAUCCGCUGUUUCCGCGGGAAUAACGAGGCGCACUUGACAUCUCAUUCGAUGUACACGGUGCUCGUGCGGCAGAACCAGUUCCAAGAUGUGUCUUCCCAGCAUCUGUACGUCCCGUUCACGUCCAUCAUGCCCGUCGUUGAGUGGAUCAAGGAACUGCAUGCAAAGGGUGUAGGCUUUGGCCAACAUGGCAGCGUGUCUACCGUGACCCUCAAGGACUUGCGCGAAAAUAUGCUCGCGCACGUCGUCUGUCGCCUUCGCCCGCUGCUUCGCCACGAUCCAUUCCAAUCCACCACAACCACUUCCACAUCCGAUGACGACCCUAAGUUCUCGGCGCAGCUUCGUCAACUCGUCAUGGUCGACGGUCCGGAUGACGGCAUGAUCCUCAACGUGUGGCAUGACCAUUUCGACGUCCGGACCAUCGCCUUCCACACCCUCGUGGAAGUGCGGCAUGUCGUGAUCACGUUUAACACAUUGCGGCACUCGCUCAUGGCCAACACCACGGGCGAGUCCUCUUUGGCUCCGUUCGCCCAUUCUCCGUGCGCCAAUCCUCACGACGCCGCUCCAGCCUUGCUGCCGCCACUGGUCACAUGCGAUUCCUUCGCCGAGGCCGCCGACAGCCACGUCCACGGCCGGCUCGUGGUGCGCGACGUCAUCGUCGAAUCGCUCGAGCUUUCGUUUCCUAGUCCGUCAUUAUCAUCGUGUUGGCAAGUUGGCCUUCUCGUGGAAGGCUACUGCGCAUGGUGCGAGUGUUCGUUACCAGAGCAACCCACAGAAGUCGUGCCUCGACUGUACGGACCGUGUGUGAACCGAUGCCAAGGGACUAAGACAAUGCGGUGGCGCUACCGCCCUGCGUUUCUGCAUAUCCGAGAUCGGCUCGGUCAUCGCAUGCGCCUGCGAGUGCCAGACGCCGCCAUGCAGGGGUUGGUGGGCCACAUCCCCGCCGCCGCCGUCGCCGACAAGCAUGCAAUGCACACACCACUUCUCAUGACAGUGAACGAUGUACGAGACACCGUGCGCAUGUUGCUGCAAGCUUUGGUGGACGAUCCUGAACAUGAGUUGGACAUUCAAGUGUACUCGCAUUUUGUCGGCGGAGACGUAGGAUUCACUCGCGACUCGGCGUAUUCAUUCGUGGCCCUCCAUGCUUGAAGGGGAUGCUUGCCGUCAACGAUAGUGAGUAGGUCUGAAAUGAAUCGUACAAG